CCAGUUUACAAGUAUUUAUUGGUUGUCUGUAGAAAUAGUAUAAACAAUUUAUAGUCUGUUUAGAAGUUCUCUUUUAUUCAUUGUCAAACGGCGAAUACACAGUUUUCGCAAUGGGUCGUGUCCGAACUAAGACCGUCAAGAAAGCGGCCAAAAUCAUAAUUGAGAAGUACUACACAAGAUUGACUCUUGAUUUUGAUACAAAUAAGAGGAUAUGCGAGGAAAUAGCUAUUAUUCCAACGAAGCCUCUUCGUAACAAAAUUGCUGGGUUUGCCACCCACUUAAUGAGACGUCUCAGACAUUCCCAAGUCCGCGGUAUCUCGAUCAAGCUCCAGGAGGAGGAACGUGAAAGACGUGACAAUUACGUUCCCGAAGUUUCAGCGUUGGAACACGACAUCAUUGAGGUGGACCCUGACACUAAGGAUAUGCUGAAAAUGCUUGACUUCAAUAAUAUUAAUGGUCUCCAACUCACCCAGCCUUCAACACAGGGGGGCUACAGUGGCAGACGUAACUAAGAAUAAAAAUUUCUAAGAUCUA